CCUCCACUCGCGGGGCCACAGAGUUUUGUAGUGAGUGAACGCAAACGGACGAACAGCACCGACCGGUUGAGAAGAAUGUGACGGCAAAUUUUUUUUUUUCACCUUACAUUGUAGAACCGAGUCGCCAAACUCUGACACAUUUGUGUCCCUUUAAUUGUGUUAAAGAAGCAAUGGAGCCGAUAACGAAGUGGACGCCAAAGCAAGUGGUCGACUGGAUGAAAGGUUUGGAUGACAGCCUGCAGCAGUAUGUAAGCAACUUUGAGCGGGAGAAGAUCAGCGGGGAGCAGCUACUGAAGAUCACACAUCAAGACCUCGAGGAGCUUGGCGUGGCCAGGAUCGGGCACCAGGAACUGGUGCUGGAGGCUGUCGAUCUACUCUGCGCUCUGAACUAUGGGGUAGAGACUGACAACUUGAAGAAUCUGGUGGUGAGGAUGAGAGCUGCCACUAAUAGUCUGCACAUGGCCACGUCUGACCGCAGGAAAAGCCCCGCGUAUGACGGCAGCAAUCCACGCAAGCCACCAAACGACUUCCUUACCUCUGUGGUGGAGCUGAUUGGUGCCGCAAAGAGCCUCCUCGCUUGGCUCGACAGGACGCCUCUUACAGGGAUCAGUGACUUCACAGCCACCAAGAACAAGAUCAUUCAGCUGUGUCUGGAGCUCACCACCACAGUUCAACAGGACUGCAGUGUCUAUGAGAUGGAAGAGAAGAUCCUGGAAGUUUCUAAAAUUUUGAACAGCAUCUGUGAUCAGACCGUGAGAACCACCUCUGACCCCCUGAUGAGCCAGUCGGCCUGCUUGGAGGAAGUCCAGCUGACCAAUAUCAAACCGGGAGAGGGUCUGGGGAUGUACAUCAAGUCUACCUACGAUGGGUUACAUGUCAUCACGGGAACCACAGAACAUUCACCUGCAGACCUGACCAGGAAGAUCCAUGCUGGUGACGAGGUGAUUCAGGUUAACCAACAGACAGUGGUGGGCUGGCAGCUGAAAAACCUGGUUGUCAAACUGAGGGAGGAGCCCACAGGUGUGGUUCUACUCCUUAAGAAGAGGCCCACAGGCACAACAGGUUUCACCCCUGCCCCACUUAAGAACAUGCGCUGGAAGCCCCCCGUCCCACAGAACAAUUCCUCCUUGAUCAGAACCCAGUCUCCCUGUGGCUCAGCUAACGGAUCAACCAAAAAGGAGAAGCCAGCUAUCCUGGACUUGUACAUCCCUCCUCCUCCUCCAAUACCAUACACCCCACGAGAGGGGAGAACAGAAUCCUUCUGCAGCAUUAGUAAAAGACCAAAGGGCUCUGAGUCACCCAACUCCUUUCUGGACCAGGAGAGCAGAAGACGCUGCACCAUUGGUGAUUAUGACAAGCUAACCGUUGGCUUUCCCAUCGAGGCCAACGUGAUCCAGCCCAGAAUGAGGGAGCACAAGCCUUCUCGUGGGAAGCCCCGGCCCCUCUCUAUGCCAGCGGACACCUGCGUUGGGGUGGUUGAUCCCUACGCUAAGCCCUGGACACAGGGAAGGAAAGGUGAAGACCUCCUGUACAGAUACCUGAGCAAUGAGAGGAUCCCCACCAUUGCAGAGGAGGUCCCUUCAGUGUCUCCACCCUACAGGCCUGCAGGGGAACGUCACCUCGUCAGAGUGGACCACAUCAGGGGCAGCCGCUACUACUCCAAUUCAGACCUCCACAACAGCGCCACCAUCCCGUACCAGGAGGACUUGAGAAAGGCCCCCGUAGCCCCCGCCUCCAAGCGCACAACAGCAGAACGCUCACUACUGGUCAGUUGGAUCACGCGGCUUAAGCUAUUGACUCACUGAUGAUGCGCUUCCUGUCCGGGGCUUCCUGUUCGUCUUGUGUCCUUCCUCAGUGCCUUUGAUUUUUAACGCCCAGCUGUUUUUUUUGGCAGCUUCGGGCUCUUUUACACUCCUCUUUCCCCACCCUCCAUAUUUCCGUGGUGUUGCUACUACUACCAACUACUACUACUCAACCAAAAUUGCUUUUGUAGUACUCACUACAUUACGUCAUCACCCCUUUAACACUGCCCUGUCCUCAUCUCUGACUACAAGUCCCAUCUCUGCCUCGAGAGGAUACAGUUUGUUCAGGUUUAGGACACUUUGGCCUUGGACUCCUGUACAUAAGAAGUUAUGUCAUGUUUCAGUUGAAAUGCUCUCUGGUACCAUUAUUUAAUACUUCAGAAAACUUGCCUGAUGUCACCUCAGCUGUUUGCUUAUUUUGAUUUCAUUUGCAUUAAUAAGUUAUAAAAACUAAGUGAAACAGCAUAUUUUGUUAGUGAAACUGUUCUUUUACUAUAUAUUACUGUCUCUUUCAAGUUACACUUUUGUGACCAGUUAGUUACAUCACCCUCUGCCAAAGGUUGCCUCUUGUAAGCUAUGCAUAUACUUGAGAAAGAUUUUUAUAGUCACUUUAGUCGACAGUGCUGCAUUGGUUGAUAAAAGGAUGUUUAUAUCUUGUCACUAGCAAAUAUUUGUGCUGGUUUCAAAACUACAUGCACUCUCUUCAGUAAACUUUUAUAUCCUGUGUUUCAAUUUACACUGCAAAUUACCCACCUAAACGGCCUAUACAUACUGCUGGCUGACGGUAAUAAAUGGUAUUUCCAAGCCGGUGUUUUGAACCACUCUUUUAGGACACACACAGCUAAAUUCUGUUCGCUCGCGAUGUGGAAAGACCACAGAUCACAAGAGACAGAAUGACAGUAUUAUUUAAGAAAAUGCAGGGAAGAAGUGUCUGUUGUUGCUUUAUCUGCCUUUUGUAAGUUUUGAAUAGUGUUUUAUUAAAAAUUGCAGUUCAUGUCA